CCACUGUGCGCGGACAGCGCCAAACUUCAUGCUUCUUCAGUAAAAUGAGCGACAGUCCCGAGGAGCCGCAAUGGAGAAAAGUGCAUUCCGUUACAGGAGUGAUUCCACGCUCCAGACACGGACACCGAGCUGCAGCAAUCCGUGAACUUAUUGUUGUUUUUGGAGGUGGAAACGAAGGGAUUGCGGAGGACCUUCAUGUUUACAACACGGCAUCCCACCUGGCUGUGCUGCUCAUGGCUUUGUCUGUGAUGGCACUCGGAUCCUGGUCUUUGGUGGCAUGGUUGAGUACGGGAAGUACACAAGCAGCUUGUAUGAGCUGCAGGCCAGUCGGUGGCUGUGGAAGAAGCUGAAGCCAAAAGCACCCAGAAACGGCUUACCUCCAUGUCCGCGGAUCGGACACACCUUUACUCUUGUGGGUAAUAAAUGUUACCUGUUUGGAGGGCUGGCCAAUGAUAGCGAAGACCCCAACGGUAAUGUACCAAGGUACCUGGAUGACUUGUAUGAGUUGGAGCUGCAGGCGCUGACCGGGGUGAGAGGCUGGAACAUCCCAGAAACAAAAGGCGUCGGUCCUUCUGCACGAGAGUCUCACACCUCCGUGGGCUACACUGGACUCGGCUCCUCUAAGCUUUACAUCUUUGGAGGGAUGCAAGGAGGUCGGCUGCAGGACCUCUGGCAGCUCGAUCUCGGCUCUAUGGUUUGGUCCACACCUGAAACCAGAGGUCCCACUCCUCUUCCCAGAAGUCUUCACUCUGCUUCCAUCAUUGGGAACAAAAUGUACAUUUUUGGAGGCUGGAUCUCGGUUCCGGAGUCAGAAAAACACAUUUCUCAGGGAACAGAGUGGAUGUGCACCAACUCCUUAAGCGCUCUCAACUUGGACACCAUGUGUUGGCAGCGGCUGGGCCCGGAGCAGCAGGAGGAUCUCCGGCCCCAGCUCCAGAACCACGGCCCGCUGAAUGAUGAUGCGUAUGCUAGUUGGCCCAAAGCCAGGGCUGGACACUGCGCCACCUCCGUCGGCUCCAGGCUUUACAUCUGGAGCGGCCGGGAUGGAUACCGCAAGAGCUGGAACUACCAGGUGUGCUGCAAAGACCUCUGGUACCUGGAGACAGACCGACCUGCUGCCCCAGAGGCAGUGCUGCUCAUCAAGUCCACGGUCAACAUGCUUCAUGUGGCGUGGCGACCUCUGGCUGCAGCAGACUGCUACAUCCUGCAAAUCCAGCUUGCAAGUCCUCUGAGCACCACCGGCAGGUAUCCCGUCACCAAACCCGUCCCGCCUACUGGAGCAGAUGGGAUCGGUGGGAAUGAGAAACAUCCUUCAGGCGUCCUGCCUCUCCACCUUCAGAGAGAAGGAACCACAAGUCGGGAAGAGCAAACGGCUCAGGAAACUUCACUUCAGCAGAAUAAUUCUGUAAAAUGUCUGAACGGCUCAGCGGAAACCAGAGCAGAGGGGCGUGUUGGGAAAGAGCUGGAGGACCCGGAGUCUGAAGACCACAACAAACCAGCUGCUUCUGCUGACCAGACGUCAGGCUUCCACACUCACACAGAUCAGGGUCAGGAGAACCAAGAUGGCGCUGUGUGGUAUGAUGUUGGUGUGUUUAAAACACUCUACUGUGAGGUCACGCACUACUUCCUGCCUGCUGAAGGUGACCAGCUGACGUCAGCGGCUGCCAGCAGACCUUUAAACACUAAAGAGCUGCCCAGGCCUCAGGACUAUCAGGGCAGGGAGAAGCGGGAGCUGACCCCAGGUCAGAUGUACCGCUUCAGAGUUGCAGGUGUGAACUGCUUCAGUCAGGGAGACUUCAGUCCCAUCAGCGAGUUCAAAACCUGCCAGCCGGGUUUCCCUGGAGCGCCCUCCGCUGUCAAAAUAUCCAAGGUGAACGAUUCGGUCCAGAUCACCUGGGAUCCUCCUACCUCUCCAUCCGGACGGAUCCUGGAGUAUUCCAUGUACCUGGCAGUGAGGAAGAGCCGCUCGAGCAGCUCGGAGCGGCCGGGUCAGAUGGCUUUUAUCCGGGUGUACCGUGGAACCAAGAUGUCCUGCAUGAUAGGCUCCGCCCACUUGCUAAACGCCCACAUCGACAGCUCUUCCUCUUCCCGGCCAGCUGUCGUCUUCCGCAUCGCUGCUAAGAACGAGCAGGGCUACGGCCCCGCGACGCAAAUUCGCUGGAUCCAAGAUCCGAUCAAGCUGAGAAGCUCUGCGUCUAAAACCGACAGUGGCGGCGAGGCGGAUCUGGAUGCCGCUGACAGCUCCAGCUGAGACCAGUUCUGGAACUAAAGUGUGACUCAGGAAGAUGGCCGCCUACGCCAACGCCGUGUACAUUUCCUAAGAUUUUCUAAUUUAUUUUUGUGUGAUGAGCCUGUAAAUAGACUGAAAUGUUCACGGGAUAGUUUCUACCUACAGUUGUUCUGUUAAAUAAUACUCUAGUUACACAAAUAAUUUCUAUUAAUUUAAAACAAAAUAAAUUUAGACGAGCUGUUGUGCUUAAUUCACCACUAACGCACCCAGAUGCAUAAGAAUGAGUCCAGGGCCUGAGGAGUUUACUGUUUGGAUGUUUGACACGUCGGUCUGAGACAAACUGGAUCCAGGUGGAGAAAAGUGGAAUUCCCAAGGAAAGUGAGUUAUUUAAGCGUUAUUUAAAUGCAAUGUUCAGAAUUUAAUUUGAAUCAUAAUUUUCAAUAUAUUUCAUUGUAAAAUCAUUAAAAUUGAGAGAAAAUGUUGAAAAGCACUUCUUCAUUCACACUGAUUAUCAGAGAAUUACCCACUUUUACAUUUUCUUUUUGUUUUGCUGUUGAGGAGUUUCAGAAAAUGAUCAUUCCUAUAUGUGCUUACCUCUGUUUACAAGAACAUGUUCUUAAUUAAGGUGUUACACAUAAUUUACAUUAACCCCAAAUGAAGUAUAAACCAGAGUAUUGAGUUUUAAAUAAUCAUUCUAUGAUCAACAACAUUUUCCCCAAUAUAUUCCAAAUGCAAGGGUUUUGUAUUCAGAUGUUAUAUGACUUAAAUAUUACAGAUAUUCAGGCGUUUUUGUGUAAGUGAAUUGUUUUGUGCUUUGGCUAUUUUUAAUCAAGCAAAAUAGAAAAUAUUUGACUGAAGAUGCAUUAUAAACUGUUGAAAUAUCAAUAUGUAAAAAUAAUGCUGUGCAACUAUUAAAGGUGUUAAAUUGCAGAAACG